AUGCCUGGAAAAUCCCUUUUCAAAAUAUUUGCAUUUACCUGGGUUCGAACAGGAAACUCUGGUACUAUUAGGAAAUACUUUAUCCAUGUGAUAAAAUCAAUCAAUCUAUCUAUCUAUCUAUCUAACUAUCUAUCUAUCUAUCUAUCAAAUAUGCAAACAGGAACAAGGUCUCUCGCAUGGCCGUUAAACACGGUAUCAAACAAGAACAACGUCUCUCGCAUGGCCGUUCACCACGGUAUCAAACAAGAACAACGUCUCUCGCAUGGCUGUUCAACACAGUAUGAAACAGGAACAACGUCUCUCGCAUGGCUGUUUACCACGGUAUCAAACAGGAACAGCGUCUCUUGCAUGGCCGUUCACUAUAUUAUCAAACAGGAACAAUGUCUCUCGCAUGGCUGUUCACCCCCGUAUCAAACAGGAUCAACGUCUCUCGCAUGGCCGUUCACCACGGUAUCAAACAGGAACAACCUCUCUCGCAUGGCUGUUCAGCACGCUGUUUACCACGGUAUCAAACAAGAACAACGUCUCUCGCAUGGCCGUUCAACACAGUAUGAAACAGGAACAACGUCUCUCGCAUGGCUGUUCACCACGGUAUCAAACUGGAACAACGUCUCUCGCAUGGCUGUUCUUCGUCCGAACAAUCUCUCGUCUCUCGAAUACCCUGCAUCGUUUGAUGUGUCUCUUACGAAUAUCCUACUUCGCCCGAAAACCUUUCUUCAUCUGACCUCCUUACUUCGCAUGAACAACUCUCAUUUAAUCACAGCCUUACUCAGGCCGCUUCCACCACAGUCAGAAAAAAAAAAAUGUUGCACUGUAUUUAGCUACCCUGAAAACGAACGCAGCGACCUUAAUGAAGACAGAGGUCAAUGCUCUUCAUAUCGAGGUCACCUCUUUCAACGAGCUUUGCUUUCGUUGUUCCUCCAAACAUUCCCUUGCUUUUCUUUUUUCCUCAUUCUCUUUUGCAUCAGUCAGUUUUUAUCUCCACGCAUAUUUUCAUUUCUUUCUUCGACGAAAUUAACCUCCCUUCUCUUCCUUUUUUACUUCUUUUCUUUUCUUCUUCUUCUUCUUCUUCUUUCCUCUCUUCCUUUUUUACUUCUUUUCUUUUCUUCUUUCCUCUCCUCCUUUUUUACUUUUCUUUUCUUCUUCUUUCCUCUUUUUCUUUUUUACUUUUCUUUUCUUCUUCUUCUUCUUCUUCUUCUUUCCUCUCUUCCUGUUUUACUUCUUUUCUUCUUCUUUCCUCUCCUCCUUUUUUACUUCUUUUCUUUUCUUCUUCUUUCUUCUCUUCCUUUUUUUUCUUCUUCUUCUUCUUCUUCUUCUUCUUCUUCUUUCCUCUCCUCCUUUUUUACUUCUUUUCUUUUCUUUUCUUCUUCUUCUUUCCUCUCUUCCUUCACAUUUCUUCCCAUUUUUUUAAAAUUCUCCAUUGUCAACAUUUCCCGAUAUUAUUCCUCUUUAAAUGUCUUUCUUUCUUUCUUUCUUUCUUUCUUUCUUUCUUUCUUUCUUUCUUUUUGCUUCUUUCCAGUGCCCAUUCUUUCAUUCUCACCUUCACCUUUUUUCGUUCAUUUUUUUCAGUUAUUCAUUCAUUAUUUUUUCAUUCUUUUUACUUUCAUUUUUCGCCAUUUUCAUUGUCUUUCAUUCAUUCUAACUUUCUUUUUUUUCCUUCCUUCUAAUAUUUAUGCUUUUUUCGUUUAUUCUUUCACUCAUUUUUCUUUUUCAUUUUAUCAUUCAUUAUAUUUUCUUUUAUUCGUUCUUCAUCAAAUGUUUCUUUGUAUCUCUCAAUUUUGCGUUUUUCCUUUUUUUUCUUUCUUUUUUCUUUCCUGCUUCUGUUCUUUUUCAUUCCUUCUUCUUCUUCUGUUCUUUUUCAUUCCUUCUUCUUCUUCUUCUUCUUCUGUUCCCUUUUCUUUUCUUUUUCUUUCCUUCUUUUGUACUUUUUCUUUCUUACUUCUUCCAUACUUUUUCUAUCCUCCUUCUUCUUCUCUUCUUUUUCUGUUCUUCUCUUUUAAAAUUCAGUCUUCGUUCUCCUUUUCUAUUCUUUGUUUUUUUCUCUCUUUCUCUUCUCGUUCAGCCAUUUCUUCUUUGUUCUCCAUGAUCUCUUUACUUCGUUUAAAAAUGGCCAUACACUCCUCUCUUCUUCGUUCGCCGCGUGCUUGUCUAUUCGUUGUCUCUUUUUCAUUCUGUCGUCCUACCAUUCUCUCUUCAAUUCGUUGUUCUCUGUCUUUCCUUCCCUUUUGUUCGGCCAACCCCUUUUUCUAUUCUUUCUUUUUCUCCUCCCUUCUGUUUCCGUCGUCUAUACCCGCUUCGAUCUCUCUGUCCACUUUAGCCAUUUGUUUAUUUCGCUGCCCUCCUCUUUCGACCAACUACUCUCUUAUAAUUUCCUUUUAUGCUUUUUUCUUUUUGUUUAUUCUUUCUUUUUUUCUGUACGUUCUUUUGACCGUCCGUUCUUUCUUCCGUUCGUCAUCUUUUUCAUUCCUUCCUUCUAUCUUUUGUUCUGUCUUACCCUUUUCGUUUUCUUUUAUAACGUUCUUUCUUUCUUUCGGUUUCUCGAUUUUUAUUCUUUCUUUGAAUAUUCUUUCGUCCUUUCUCUCCUUCUCCCAUUCGUUCUUUUUUCUCUCCCUAUUGUUCUUUCUUUCGUUCGUUUUUUUUAUUUUUUUUUCGUUCCAUUUUUUUCGUUCCAUUUUUUUCGUUCCAUUUUUUUCGUUCAUUUUUUUCGUUCCAUUUUUUUCGUUCAUUUUUUUCGUUCCAUUUUUCGUUCAUUUUUUUUUCGUUCAUUUUUUUCAUUCCAUUUUUUUCGUUCCAUUUUUUCGUUCCAUUUUUUCGUUCCAUUUUUUUCGUUCCAUUUUUUUUUCAUUCCAUUUUUUCGUUCCAUUUUUUCGUUCCAUUUUUUCGUUCCAUUUUUUCGUUCCAUUUUUUUCCAUUUUUUUCGUUCCAUUUUUUUCGUUCCAUUUUUUUCGUUCCAUUUUUUUCGUUCCAUUUUUUCGUUCCAUUUUUUUCGUUCCAUUUUUUUCGUUCCAUUUUUUUCGUUCCAUUUUUUUCGUUCCAUUUUUUCGUUCCAUUUUUUUCGUUCCAUUUUUUUCGUUCAUUUUUUUCGUUCCAUUUUUUUCAUUUUUUCGUUCCAUUUUUUCGUUCCAUUUUUUUCGUUCCAUUUUUUCGUUCCAUUUUUUUCGUUCCAUUUUUUUCGUUCCAUUUUUUCGUUCCAUUUUUUUCGUUCCAUUUUUUCGUUCAUUUUUUUUCGUUCCAUUUUUUUCGUUCCAUUUUUUUCGUUCCAUUUUUUUGUUCGUGAAUUCUUUCUUUCUUCCUUUUCAUCUUUUUUUUUCGUCCGUUCUUUCUUUCUUUAGUUCUUUCGCUCUUUCUUUCGUUCAUUAUUUGUUUCUGUUUCUUUUUCAUACUUUUUUUUCGUUCUUUCGUUUUUCUUUCACAAACACUUUCUUUAUUCGUUUCUUUCAGUCAUAUAUUUUCGCUCUUUUUCUGUCUCUUUGUCCUUCUCACUUUUCUUUCACUGCUUCGUCUUUUUCUCUUUCCAAUCUAUAUUUGUUUGGCAUUAUUCCUUUUCAACUUUCACCAUUCUGUCAUCUCCCCCCCUCAUCACUCCAACCUCCGUCCGAUUUUCAAAGCCCCCCCCUCCUACUACAACAGCCUGUCGCUUCUCUUUUUUUGAAAGCCGUUUAUGUCGAUAGAAAUCAUUCUUUCGAUUCAUUUCAAUAA